AUGGAUCCUUUUUCGGAUUCAAAGUCCAAUCAUUCUCAUAACGCUCCUUACCCAAAGCUGAUUCAGAAGAGGGGUAGUCAGGGGACUAUCUCAUCCGUUGGUUCUGGCAAACCUUUAAUGUCGCAGCACUCGGCACUACCGUUUGCUAAUCUCCCCAACCAUUCGUCGGAUUCCCUAUCCAAAUCCAUCUCUGACAAGUACUCGCUCUCUCCAUGGCCGCAAUCAUGGGGUGCACCACUACUCAUGAGCCACGUUGAGCCGGACGACGACUUGCACAACCCCGACCCACGACGUGACCGGAGAAACGACUAUGGUGGAAGUAUCUUCACGGCCCGAGGUCUCAAGAACGUUGGAUGUCUGGCGAUUCUUGUUCUAGGAAUGAUGUCGCUAUUUGCCGGAUACCCCAUCAUAACACAUUUCUUGGAAGAAGACCCUUCGAAACAAGGAGGCUUCAACCUCGGUGGAAUCAACGCUACAGGCCAGAUACCCGACAUUCCUGGCAACUUCGGUCUCAUCGACAAGGAUACCCCUCGGGAAGCAUACACCAAGAUGUCGUAUCUGGGAACGGAGGAAUUCGUACUAGUGUUCUCAGACGAGUUCAACCAAGAAGGCCGAACGUUCUACCCAGGUGACGACCCCUACUGGGAAGCUGUGGACCUUCAUUACUGGGGAACGAACGAUCUUGAGUGGUAUGAUCCCCAACAAGCGACCACCCGGAACGGCCAUCUCGAAAUCCGAAUUGAUGAAGUCGCGGAUAACAGCACAAAUCACAACAUGCAGUUCCGCUCCGGCAUGAUUCAAACUUGGAACAAGUUCUGCUUCACAGGUGGUUUGAUUGAAGCCAUGGUCCGACUACCCGGUUUCAGUGACGUUGCUGGACUCUGGCCUGCUGUUUGGACUAUGGGUAACCUUGGUCGUGCUGGGUAUGGUGCAACCAACGAUGGCAUGUGGCCCUAUACCUACGACAGCUGCGACGUCGGUACUCUUCCCAACCAAACGUAUCCUGGUACCAACCUUCCCGAGGCUGCCUUGAUCAACGGUGACCCAAGCUUUAAUAACGUUCUGUCCUUCCUCCCCGGUCAAAGACUUUCCGCUUGCACUUGCCGUGGAGAGUCGCAUCCAGGACCUGUCAAACCUGAUGGUAGCUACGUCGGUCGCUCCGCUCCUGAAAUCGACAUGAUUGAAGCCACUGUUACCAAUGGUGUUGGUCACGUAUCGCUUUCUGCCCAAUGGGCUCCUUACAACGCCGGGUAUCGCCCCUUGAACGUUUCUGGCGGCAUUAUCAUCGACGACCCUUCCAUUACUGUGCUGAACGAGUACCGUGGUGGUGUCUACCAACAAACGACUAGUGGUCUUGCGAACACCAAUCAGACUUGCUACGAGAUGUCCGGCGGAUGCUUCACCGUCUAUGGGUUCGAAUACAAACCUGGUUUCGACGAGGGCUAUGCCACCUGGGUGAACAACAACGAACGUGCCUGGACUAUCUUCUCUGGCCCCAUGGGUCCUGAUCCUCUGACGGAGAUUGAUGCUCGUCCUUUCCCUCAAGAGCCCAUGUACAUCAUCACCAACUUGGGUAUCUCGCACAACUUCGCCGCCAUCGACUUUGAGAACCUCCGUUUCCCGGCAAUCAUGAGUAUCGACUGGAUCCGAGUAUACCAACCAAGGGAUGCGAUCAACAUUGGCUGCGACCCUAAAGAGUUCCCUACUCGACAGUACAUCGAGACGUACAUGGAAGCCUACACCAACCCCAAUCUGACGACUUGGGAGCAAUUCGGACAGCCAUGGCCCAAGAACAGAUUGAUUGACGACUGCACUUAG